AUGGGUGGGAAGUUGAGCCACGUUGUUGAAAGUCUAAUGCCAGCCACAGUGAUGGUCUUGGUUCAGGCAACGAUCUCAGGAAUUAAUAUUUUCUACAAACUGGCUAAGAAUGAUGGCAUGAACACCAUGAUUAUGGUGGCUUACAGAUAUAUCUUUGCUGCAGCUGCUAUGGCUCCUCUUGCUUUGAUCCUUGAAUGGAAUAGUAGACCAAGAAUGACAUGGAUGGUCUUCUUCCAGGGGUUUUUCUGUGGCCUGUUUGGAGGAUCAUUAGGGCAAAAUCUCUUUGCGGAGAGCUUGGCUUUAACAUCUGCAACAUAUGUAUCAGCAAUAGCUAAUCUUGUUCCAGCUAUGACAUUUAUCCUUGCCAUUAUCAUGAGGGUGGAGAAGUUGGCAAUUCAAACAAGCGGGGGGAAAGCAAAAGUGUCGGGUGUGAUAUUGAGCAUAAGUGGGGCCAUGGUUCUCACAUUCUACAACGGAAUAGAACUCAAGAUUUGGACAACACACAUCAACUUGCUAAGUGAUGGUGGUAAGGUAGCAGCAUCACAACAUACCUCUCGUAAUCAAGGAUUGGGUGCCAUAAUGGCUGCAGCUAGUAGUUUGUCAGCUGCAAUUUGGUUGAUAAUUCAGGCAAGGAUGAGUAAGGUGUACCCACUAUAUUCUGGCACUUUUCUUAUGUGUGCUUGUGCAGGAGUACAGUGUGCAGUCUAUGCCAUGUCUAGGGAGAGGGAUUGGUCAGAGUGGAGGCUUGGUUGGAACAUUAGACUUCUCACUGUUAUUUAUACGGCAGUUGUUGGCACUGGAGUAAUGGUUUCACUAAUGGCCUGGGUUUCAAUGGUGAGAGGCCCAAUAUUUGUAUCUUCUUUCUUUCCAUUAAUGCCUAUAAUGGUUGCAGUAGCUUCAUCGCUAUUACUCGAUGAGAAGCUACAUUUGGGAAGCGUAAUAGGAGCAGUACUAAUCAUAAUUGGACUGUAUGUUGUGCUAUGGGGAAAAGGAAAGGAGAUGAAGAAAACGGCCCAACUUGACGGCUCGAAAAGCUUCAGGGGUUCAGGACUAGGAGACGUAGACUUAGGAACCUCAUCCAGAGAUGGUAAUCGUCUUUCUCCUGGAGCUAUUGUUCCCACCCAGAUUAAGUUGUAUUGUAUGAGGGAUGCUGAUAAUAAUCGGAUUGUAUGCCAUGUUGCGGGGAAAAUGGGUGGAGAUGAAGAGAUUCGAGAGAGUAAACCUUCCAAACUCUUCGAAAGAGAGGCAGAAACAAUUAAUGUGAGCACAGCCCCAGCUAAAGAUGAUGCCAGUGAUGUAUCGACCACGGCUACCACCCACCAUAGAUAG